CUUGGACCAUCUGCUUUGUCGUCACUGGCCAAGGCGUCGAGCGCGCCUUAUUUCCAGUCUCUGCUCGCUGUUGUGCACAGUGAGGACGCUAUCAAGUUUCUUUUAUUUUCUCUUUCUGGUUGAUGAUUAGCCUCUCAGGCUGUGAUGACGCCGCGCCCACUCAUUUCUUCUUCUUCGAGGCGUCCUUUGUCCGCCAUCUUCCUGGGAUCGUUACCACCCAAGGGGCAGAUCAUUCCUGACCUUCCAGAGCCUCCAGAAAGCCCAAGUGCAGCAUCAAGUUCAUCCGGUCUUCCUUCACCACCCGCAACCAAUUCAACGGGAAGCGGUUCAACAGGUGAUAACAAGAGUGCAACCGCGGGCAGUCUCCGCCAGCGACCUCCCUCGUAUGCCAGUAGCGCAACCAUGUCCGACCGUAACUAUGACACACCCAGCACACCCGCAAAAUCUUCCAGAAAUAUUGACGACGACGAUGAUGACGAAAACGAUUAUUCAAAUGAAGAAGACGACACCGCUCGCCUUGACCGCAGUCAUGCAGUGAAGAGUCCAAACGAGAACCUCGUGGCCUUGCAACGAGUUAAAAGCCUUGCUGAGCGCAACCGCAUGGCUCUGAACAAGCUUUCUUCCUUUUCCCGCCUAAGCACUCCGUCUCCUGCAAAUUCCCGUGCAUCUCGAUCCCCACUUCCUCCCAUCCAUGCAUCCUCGUCCUCGUCUUCCUCUUCUGCAGCCUCUCGAAUUUCAUCUCACUCUCACUCCCACUCUGCCCCUAUGACAAGACAAUAUGAUAGCGCACUUUCUGGCUCUGAAACAGAACGCGAAAGUCAGCGUGCUCCAACUCCCUCAUACUCUAAUUCGCAUUCCAACUCUCGCUCGUAUGGCUCUUCAUCUCCAGAACGUUCCUCAACGCCCCCUCCUAGCUCUAGUACAAGAGAGCGCCGCAUAUCUGCUCCCGCUUCACCGGUUAGAUCUCGACAGUCUUCUCCCGCCCCUUCGCACCCUCCUCGUAAACGAAUAUCUAUCACCGGUGCGCCUAGGGAUGACUCGUCUUAUGAUGUGACGAGCGCCGCGCUGGCCGCCGUAGCAUCUUCACGACGGAGUCCAACAGGUACAGGUAGCGUUAACCGACGUUCGCGGCAACCGCUUCCGAGGGAAUUCAGAGACGGUGAUCGAGAUCGAAACACGCGUACUUUGGAUGGCAGGACUUCGAUCGAGCCCAUGACGCCACAUCACAACUCGCAUCAGGAUAGCUACACCUCCAAUGCCAACACCUCUCUUAGAACCUCAUCAUAUACAAAUGCCAACUCUCAACAUUCCCCACGCGGCGCUCGUGCCAACCGCUCAUCAACCGUUCGUGAACUAACACGUCGUCACCAAACCCGGUGGUUGUCGGAAGAUAUCUCCAACCUUCCAGAUUCUGGUCGUAGGCAAACUCAACGCGGCGGCAGCGCCGAAAGCACCCUGGGAGCUGGAGGACGUCUGGUUGGUGAAGGCCUGCGUGCUGCCGGCAUUGGUAUGCGGAAUGGCACCCAGGCCAAUGAUGAUGUCUUUGCACACAACAAUGACUCACAUGCGUCUUUACGCCGCGCACGGACAGCUGGUUCUAGCACUCGAACCGUCGAGUGGGAGGAUGAAGAUAGAGCGUCGGAUGACAGGAGUCGGGCAAGCGGUUCAAGCGGCGCACGACGCAGUGAAGGCCCAGGUCCCUCCACAAGGCCACAUCUGUCGUCAGAUCCGAGCAGAGCGUCGUCCGCACUCUUGGUGGAACGAGAUUCGAGAGGGGGGCGUACAGCUUCCUCAAGGCCGGCGACCUCGAUGGCGGGGUUCUAUCAUGGGGAAGAUGGAAGUGCUGGGAGGGGCACGGCAUUUUCGCUCCGCUCCAGGCGGCAGCAUUCGGACAUUGAACAACAACCUCCGGGAGCAUCGCCUGGUAUCCGGCCACUUCCUCUCCAGCAAACCCCAGCAGCACCAACACCACCAGACAGAUCACGUACCGGCACACUCACACGACGUCAUACCACGAUGACACCUCUUGGGAAUGGGUCAGUCUCUAGUCUCCACAGUCACCAACAAAGCGCGGAGCAUACCAAGCUCAUGUUAGAGUCUUUGACGAUGUUCGAGAACAUAUUGUCCCGUCUGCCGAAUCAGUCGUCUGUACCAGAUCUGUUCCGAAGCGCAGAGACGAUUGUUCUUGCUUCUGAGAAGUUGAAUGCGUUGCUGAGAACGGGUACAAAUCGAGCCCUGGAGCAGCAGAUCGACGCCGAGAUGGAUGAUGAAAUACCCGGCGAGAUACCUACGGGUGAAAUCUGGAGGAGGGUAGGAGGGGAGUAUCGCGAGGGCCUACGUGUGAGCGACGAAGUCGUCCGUACCAUCACGGGCUUUUUGCUUGGAGUCGGGAAAAUUGUGAAGGAGGCAUCCGCAGGUGCUUUGAAUGAUCCUGGACAACAGCACUCGAGAAGCGGCCUUGAUGAUGAUGUUUCCCGCCAAACACCCGAAAUAGAUAGGAGCAGUAAUAGAAGUCGAUUGGAUGGAAGGAGGAGUGUGGAGUCAAGACGGAGUUGGGAGCCUUCCGCCCCCAGUGCUGACUUGUCCAGAAGGUUAACUGGCCGUGGUGAAGGAGCUGUCGCACGUCCGCCUUCGUCAAGAGACCGUAUUUCGGACCAGGACCAGCCUUCCUCAUCACGCAAUGUCCUUCCUCCGCUACCGCUAUCUGCCACGCGUAGGCUUUUCACACCGCGAGAACAGCGUGAGUAUCAAAUGACAUCCAAUGCACUCGCUUCUCAUAACACCCCAUCCGAUGCCGUUGACCUCUCUCUGGAGUAUGAGCCUUCACCAACACCUGCCUCUCGGAGUGUGCCCGCGGGCCGCCAAAAACCGCUUCCAGCUCUCGCCAUCCCUCCCCCUCUUCCCACCUUGCCCUCUGAAUCGCUCAUGCGCAGGUCAACGAGCAGUUUGCUAGAAAAAAGCAACCGUCGCAAACCAUCUGCCACAUCCACCGCCACCAUCCGAGGGCCGACAGCGCCUUUUCCCUUACCAUCCGCCAAUCCGACAACCGCUGUAACUACCCAUACGGUAUCCAACUCCCCUGAAAACUCAACUUUUCCUCUAUCCCGCGUUGAUUCCCAAGACUCCGUUCGAUCAUCUGUUACUUUCUCGCGUCCUUCUGAAGUAUCACUAUCUGCGCUACAACAACACCACAUACGGGACGAGGCACGCAGGAAGGUCGUUUCGUCUUCUAAUGCUGAAGAAGACACGAUCGUUCCCCCGCCACCCUCGCCUGCUCAAAUUCGCUCUCCACUUUCCGGCUCAGAAACGGAGCGAGAUACUCGUCGGCGGACGUUUGGUGUACGAGCAGCUCGUAUGUCGCUGGACAGCAUUCGUGAUGAAAGGGAAGGUGACAACGGGGGUUCUCAAUCGCGCACCGUCGCUCUACCUACGCAAAGGCGGGAGAGGCGACGGACUGUGACUGAGGUGUUUGCGCAGCGAUCGUAGGAUCGCCAUGCGUGUGUUUCCCUGCCUCUUUGCAAAAAUUCCGAGUUGUAAUUUGCCUCUUUCUUGUUCGUCGUUUGUGCACUAUAUCCUGGCAUUCAUCUCGACCUCAUGGACUCUUUCGGCAAGCAUUAGCUGAUUCCCUCCUGUCAUUAACUUUAUUCUUGGUCAUCCCAUCCUCUUGCCCUGGUUGGCCCUCCGAUUGAUUUUAUCGUGUCUGCUGCCUCUCCUCUCGUCUUUUCUCGUUGUUUCUCUAUCUUGUCUUGUUAUACAAUGUGUCUUACACCGCACGUAGGUUUUUACGCCCUUGGGGUACGAUUAUACCACGAAUAUGAUAGGUCCUCCGCCGAAACCCUACUGGUAUUCUUGACGAUUAUCGUAGAGCUUCCUAAUUUUAUCAUGAUUGGCCAACUGCA